CGCGAAACUGCGAUACACGCCCGCCCGCCAUGAUAAACGCCGUGCUCGUCUUCAAUAACGCGGGCCAGCCGCGGCUGACCAAGUUCUACACUCAGUUGGAAACCAGCGUGCAGCAGCGCCUGAUAUCAGAGAUCUUCACCCUCGUCUCCAACCGCCCAAACUCAGCAUGUAAUUUCUUGCCCCUACCUCCCCUCCUCGCCAACAGUAGCAAAUCCUCCACCCCCACCACCCCGCACAACGACACGCCCUCGCUCGUAACUUACCGCCACUAUGCAACCCUCUACUUCAUCAUAAUAUCAACGUCCACCGAAUCGCCUCUCGCUCUCCUCGACCUCAUCCAAGUCUUCGUCCAGGCGCUCGACGGCCUCUUCGAAAAUGUGUGCGAACUGGACCUUAUCUUCAAUUUCGAAACACUACAUGCGACGCUCGGAGAGCUAAUCGUCGGAGGCGUAGUGGUAGAGACGCAGCUUGAUAAGGUGAUCGAGGGUGUCAAGGCACAAGGGACGGUGGCGAAGAGGCCAGUUAACGAGGGCAAGAGCGGCAUGAGUUUUGGAGGGUUUGGGAGGGGCGAUGGAGUUUGGGCUGGGAGGUGAAGGAGAAGGCAAAUGGGUACAAUACAAGUCGGCACUUGGUGUCCUGCCUGCUGCGGGAAUUCCACUUGUGACCGUAAAGAAAUCUCAAGAAUCAGAGCCGGGACGGUCGAGUCUGCCGAGCAAAGUGCUCAAACUACUAGGAGGCCGGGGCACGGCUAAGGUUCGUUAUCGACGAGACCGCUUCCAAUGUCCCAUGGCCCUUUGGCAGGUAGAGAGUAAGGCACAGCUUCGGCUAUAUGCUGCUGUAUCCAAAUGACAAGGAGGCGCUGGAGAUAUCUCCUUGGCUGGGAUUGUUCACGGUCGUAUCGUGCUUACCUCUGGGAAUCCAAGCAACUGCUACCUCCGCUCCUUACCGCACUGUAAUCAGCAAUCCACAAGCGUUACAACACCGUGGCUUACAC